AAGCUAUGCAAAAUAAAUCGUUAAGUGUGCGCCUAAUCGAUGUCGUGUCGAUAUAGAAGCCUCAUGUCUAUAUUCCCCGGGACGACUCUCGAUUUCGAGAACAUUGUAUAAAAGUAUCACCCGCCAUCGCACCUGGAAUCAGUUGAGUCUAAAUCCGGGCCGAGAUCGAAAGUUCAGCAUGCAGUGGCUUCUACCCGUAAUCCUUUGCCUUUGGGCCUUCAGUCCCGUUCAGAUCCAAUCACGCCAAAUCAGGAUCAAUCGCUAUGCGGUCAGUGUGCAGGAGGAUCAGGCGGUUGAGGUCAAGGCGGCGCCAUAUCCAGCAGCGGGCUAUAGGCCCCAAGGUCGCUCCUUCUGGCUGCCAGGCGAAGUGGAAGUUGAGGUCCAAGAAGUGCCAGGUGACGUGCAAAUUGAGGAUCUGGAGGGAUCAGGUUUGGCUGCGGAUCAGCUAACCACCACAACCGAGCUGCCUCUGGAGGAUCUCUCGACCAGCACUACGGAGCCAACUGGGGACUGGAGCACCACCACCAACUGGGAGUCCCUGGACACCACCACUGUUCCCCCGGCAGUGGAAGCCCGUUCAGGUCGUGCCUACGAGAAGGCUCCCUAUCCACCAGCUGGUUACCGACCAAGUCGCGCCUUCCGACUACCCACCGAACAGAAGCCGGCGGAGCAACAGCAGAUCUCCGCCAGCAACUCCACUGACAGCAAUGCCGAUCACCCGGUCUGUGGCGUCAGCACGGACCCCCUGAAACCCACACCUGAACCUGGAUCGAAGGAUGAGCCCGACGCGGAGAGUGUGGUCUUUACUGCCAAUGUGGGUCCUGCUGUUUUUGUUGCCAGAGCUCCGUCCUCCAUUCCGGUGGCCAUUCCCCUGCGAUCGCAGCCUCUGGUGCAGGCUCCGAGAUCCCGGGGAUUCGUCUACACCACGCAUGUGGAGCAGCGGUGGUGAGAAUUUCGA